CCCGAGUCCGAGUACGAGUCCGAGUCCGAGCCCGAGCCCGAGCCCGAGCCCGAGCCCGAGCCCGAGCCCGAGCCUGAGCCCAAGCCGCCCACACCCUUUUUCGCCGAGGAGAGCGCAUCCCCGGACUGGUACGCCGUCAUCAAAGGCCGUAAGGUCGGUGUCUUCGACAACAACUUGGUGGCGGUCGCGUGCACCAACGGUGUCAACGGCUUCGGGAUGAAACAGUACGGUACGCGCGCGGAGGCCAUGAGGGCCUACCUUCAGGCUGAGCAGCUCGGCCUCGUGUUCCAGGUGGAGAAGUAG